CUCCGCUGCAGUAGGAGAGAGGAAGUCAAGUCGAGAGUCAAGCAGAGACUCUACCUUGUUAGAUAAAAAAAAAGAAAGAAAAAAAACUACAUUAAUACACGACGAAGAGGCUCUUGAAGCAAACAUGUGCCAUAUUGUUGCUGGAAAACGAGUCGCUUAACCGGAAGGAGCGGGUUCUGGUAACGCGGACACCGUCACUGCUCCUCGCGGGCAGAGAGAGAGAGAGAGAGAGAGAGAGAGAGAGAGAGGGAGAGAGAGAGAGAGGAGGGCUCCCCUAUCACGGACAGCCUGGUAGGCAGGAACCGCUCGAGGGUGCCUGGCGCGGAAAACGACGACCUGCUCGGCUCUGCUGGUUUCCCCUCGCGUUCUCAGCUCUCCGCGUUGGAAGACCCCACGAACCCGCACCUCCAUUCGGCGUGGGGAGGAAACUAGAGCCCCAGCGUCAGCUAUCGCCGUCUUUAACGACGAAAGAACCUCGGCUCCGAGCGAAGCGAAAGCACCGCUGGCCAGCCGGAGCCGCUCUCCAUCCCUCCCUCCCUCCUUCCUCCCUCCGCAGUCUGCAGCUCCGUGCUGGGUCUCCUCCCAUGCUCCGGGCCACUCGACGAAGAGCCAUGGACUGUAUUUGUGUUCUUUACUGAUAUAUAUAUAUACAUUUGUUUGUUCCUCCCCCGAGUUCCCGGACUGUUGGGGGGGACCGUUUCUCGGAAGUGCAGCGAGACGUCGCCAGCAACAGGGAGACGGAAGCAGCCGCUAGCUUUUCAGGCGAACUGCUACCGAGGAGCGCCGCUGUUCGUCGGCCAGCUUCUAGUAACCGUGUUGACAAAUGGCUUUACGGGCAUUUUAAUGCAGCUGCCGAAGCCCAGCAGUUCGCUCACUGAUACCGUCGCCUCCUGGCUAGCAGCUUUCUUUUUUUUGUUGUUGUUGCUAGCUAGCAUGUCGGCUAACUAGCAGGCGAAGCCGAACAUCUACAGCAGCGGGAGGCUACGCCAGCAACGCGUGGCUCGGGCUCUGGAUCUAGAGCCGAACCGCGCAAGGUGUUUCAGUCCACGUCUUUUUCCCCCGACGGUACCGUGUGGCGUGAACGCUGCGCGCCCCGUACGGAGGAUUUCAGCUGCAAACAGGAAGGAAGCCGAGCAAAUAGGGACGGGGCAGAAAAAAAAAAGGGGAAAAACAAAUAGCCGCGCAGACAGACAGCGGAUUGAACGGAAAUCGUUAUAAUGACCACUGGCCGCUUUUCAUCAUCGCCGGAUCGCAUGGGCUCGUUCGUGCCGACACUCGCUUAAGGGAUCCCGAUGUGUUGAGGCGAGGACGGCGGCUCGCAACGUUUCACCUGUCCUGGAGGGUCUUCUUCGGUCAACCUCCCUCCUAAACGUGAUGGUUUGAGCGAAACGAGCCACACGUGUCCCUGUUUUCUUCGCUGCAACGCCGACCUGCUGCUGCUGCUGCUAUCGAGGCCAAUAAACAAUCGAGUCUCCGUUUGACAGCGCACUCCGCCUGCCGUUUCCAAUACAAUUGGAUUUUAUUUUUUUAUGUUUAUAUUUUUCACUGCACACUUUUCGUUUGAAGAGACAAGCCCCGAUCCGAAACUCAUGCGGACCUGGAGACAAGCCGACGAUUCGGGCACGUUUUUCAGCAAGGAAGUCCCAAGAGGCGUGCGGAAGCUGACGGCAGUCCCCACACGGCGGCCCCCCCUGUGAAGAGAGGAAGAAGCGCUGCUUUUAGCACCUCUCUCCCCGCGCUUCACGCAGCGCCAGCCGCAAAAAAAAGCAGAGAGGGCUGCAGUUGUGCGCCAGAUGAGAUCGCAAGGACGGCGAUCGAGCUGAUCCCCCUCCCCUGACUUUCGCCCUGACCCCCCCCCCCCCUCUCCCCGUCCACCUCAAUGUCUUCCUCCGGUUUUAUGUCCUAAUGAUGGUGGCUUGAGGUUAGCAGCUGCAGACAGCGACAAACGUUCCGCUUCCUCCAGAUCUCCCCCCCUCUUCAUCAACCCCCCCGUCAUCGUACCUCGGCCCCUAAUGUUGGUCCUCUCCGCUGCAGGAAACGUUUAUUUUUUUAAAUUCCCUAAGUAGUUUUCUUUUUAAAACACAAAGCACCGCAGGAGGCCUGCUAUUUUUUGUUUUUUUUUGUUUUUACUAAUUUGCUCAUCCAAAGGGUCGAAAAAUGGCGGACCUCGAAGCGGUACUCGCCGAUGUCAGCUAUUUGAUGGCGAUGGAGAAGAGCAAAUCUACUCCUGCGGCCCGAGCCAGCAAGAAGAUCGUCCUCCCGGAGCCCAGUAUUCGCAGUGUGAUGCAGAAGUACCUGGAGGAGAGAGAUGAACUCGCUUUUGACAAAAUUUUCAACCAGAAAAUUGGCUUCCUGCUGUUUAAGGACUUCUGUAUGAACGAGAUCGACGAGGCUGUGCCUCAGCUCAAGUUCUACGAACAAAUCAAGGAGUACGAGAAGCUGGACUCUGAGCAGGAGCGCCUGAGUUGCAGCCGGCAGAUUUAUGACGUCUACAUCAUGAAGGAGCUGCUGUCCUGUUCACAUCCAUUUUCCAAGAAGGCAGUGGACCAUGUGCAGAGUCAUCUGGCUAAGAAACAGGUCCCGCCAACUCUCUUCCAGCCAUACAUAGUGGAGAUCUGUGACAGCUUGAGAGGGAAUAUCUUCCAGAAGUUCAUUGAAAGUGACAAGUUUACUCGGUUUUGCCAGUGGAAGAACGUGGAGCUCAACAUCCAUCUGACCAUGAAUGACUUCAGCGUGCAUCGGAUCAUCGGCAGGGGAGGCUUUGGGGAGGUGUACGGCUGCAGGAAGGCCGACACAGGGAAGAUGUAUGCCAUGAAGUGCUUGGACAAGAAGAGGAUCAAAAUGAAGCAGGGCGAGACUCUGGCGCUCAAUGAGAGAAUCAUGCUGUCAUUAGUCAGCACAGGGGACUGCCCGUUCAUUGUGUGCAUGACCUAUGCCUUUCACACUCCUGACAAGCUUUGCUUCAUCUUGGACCUCAUGAACGGGGGUGACCUGCACUACCACCUCUCUCAGCAUGGUGUGUUCAGUGAGAAAGAGAUGCGGUUCUACGCUGCAGAGAUCAUCCUGGGUCUGGAGCACAUGCACAACCGAUUCGUCGUCUACAGAGACCUGAAGCCGGCUAACAUCCUGUUGGACGAGCACGGCCACGUUCGCAUCUCUGACCUCGGCCUGGCCUGCGACUUCUCCAAGAAGAAGCCCCAUGCUAGUGUCGGGACUCACGGCUACAUGGCUCCAGAGGUCCUUCAGAAGGGAACGGCGUACGACAGCAGCGCCGACUGGUUCUCUUUAGGCUGCAUGCUCUUCAAACUCCUCAGAGGGCACAGCCCCUUCAGACAGCACAAGACCAAAGACAAACACGAGAUAGACCGCAUGACGCUGACCAUGAAUGUGGAGCUCCCAGACUCGUUCACCCCGGAGCUCAAAGAUCUCCUGGAGGGGCUGUUGCAGAGAGACGUGUCCAAGCGGCUCGGUUGCCAGGGCCGAGGAGCACUAGAGGUGAAGGAGCACAUGUUUUUCAAAGGCAUCGACUGGCAGCAGGUGUACCUGCAGAAGUACCCCCCUCCUUUAAUCCCGCCCAGGGGAGAGGUGAACGCUGCAGAUGCUUUUGACAUCGGCUCAUUUGAUGAGGAGGACACCAAGGGCAUCAAGCUGCUGGACAGCGACCAGGAGCUGUACAAGAACUUCCCUCUGGUCAUAUCGGAGCGCUGGCAGCAGGAGGUGGCCGAGACCGUCUACGAGGCCGUCAACUUGGACACAGACAAGAUCGAGGCUCGCAAGAGGGCCAAGAACAAGCAGCUCGGCCACGAGGAGGAUUAUGCUUUGGGGAAGGACUGUAUAAUGCACGGCUACAUGCUGAAGCUGGGGAACCCUUUUCUCACCCAGUGGCAGCGCCGCUACUUCUAUCUGUUCCCCAACCGAGUGGAGUGGAGGGGAGAGGGCGAGUCACGGGAGAAGUGGCUAAAACCGUUAAAAUUGUUAAAAGAUGGGCAAAACCUGCUGACGAUGGAGCAGAUUGUGACGGUGGAGGAAACGCAGGUUAAAGACAAGAAGUGCAUUCUGCUGCGCAUCAAAGGAGGGAAGCAGUUUGUUCUGCAGUGUGAGAGCGAUCCCGAAUUCGUGCAGUGGAAGAAAGAGCUGAACGAGGCAUUCACAGAAGCACAGAAGCUGCUGCGCCGCGCCCCCAAAGUGAUCGGGAAAGGCCAGGCCGGCGGGGUGGAGCUCUCCAAACCUCCUCUCACACACCGCAACAGCAACGGCCUGUGAAUAAAGGAGCACACACACAUUUUCUAUAUAUACACACACAAACAUGUAGACACGCAUAUACACUGCGCAGCACCCCAUUUCUGCAAGACAUCGGCCCCAACUUCACCACGACGCCUCGCAGUGUGUGUACGGACUCACCAACCCCUUACCCACGCUGCACGCUGACACCACCACGACGAUCUGAGAAGGUUUACUCAUUUCUUUUUGUUUCCGUCACGGGGGACACGGCAGACUGGAGGAGAGAAACUCUGAUCACAGAACCUUUGCAUGGAUGUGACGAGGACUGUGGACCCGGUCCUCCUAUCAUCCCAGACUCUCCCCAAUGUCCCCAUCCCCUCCCCCUCGCUUUGACUGGGUCUCUCACACAACCUGAAAGACUAUUGCAAGAUGAAGUGACAUUUUAGACAUCAGAUAAAGCAGGAGGCCCAAUCAAAGGAGGCGACGCAGAAGGGGGCGGGACUGCUGCGGGGAAUGUAAAAACAAACACACAAACAUUAGGAAAAAGGAAAAAAAAAAAUCUGCUGCUCAACCGCAUCCUGUCAUCCCUCCCUCUUAUCACCCCCUCUCAGUUACUGAAGUGUGCAAAGUGCCAACAUGGAUAUUUAACUUGAGUCACCUGAUUGGCCGGGAGGAGCCGCCACCUCCCUCCCGGCCCUCUCUAGGGUGUUUGUUGGCGACAAUUUAGCAUUCCGGUCCUGAAAAAAAAAAAAAAGGACCACAGACUCUUUUCAGAUUGGCUCCUGUGCAGCCAGUUUCCAUGACGACCGAGAUUCCAUUGGCUGUCAAACAGCAACGGGUUGCCAUGGGAACCGUGGAGACCAACGUACCUGGGGAUGGGUAACCACGGACUAUGAUGUAGACCUGCAGGAGGACAGGGCAUAUUCAGUGUAUAUAAGCAACCCUUUCUCUGUGCAUCUCCAAUGUUUUAGUCCAGCGUGUUUGCAUUGUUGGGGGACCUGUCUGUCCGCCUGUCCAUGAACCUCGCAAGGCUUUCCCCAUAGGAGGACGGGGUUAUUCUUUUCUCUUUUCUGUGGAGUGGGCGGGGGUGUGGAAGAGCAGGAGUGGAGACGGUCCUCCGUCAGGUGUCGGUGCUGCGUUACCUCUGCUGAGCUGUUUUCAGACGACGCCGUCACAAAGACGCGCACGUCCUGGUGGGUUUACAGGUUCAGCCAGCGUUGGUUGGCCGAGCGAGCACAAGGUGGACGAGGAGGAGCUACAGCCAGGAAAAGGUUUUACUAGCUUUUGCUCUCUAACCUGCAUCAUAGAAAUGUCCUCAUACGGCAUUUGAAGACAAAUCCCAAUCUGUUAAACUUGUGUCAGUACUAGGGCUGUAGCGACAUAUUAGGCUCACAGAUAUAUUCACCAUGUUGGGUUUACCGGAUUACAAGAUUUUAGCAGUAUUUUUGGUGAAACUAAAAAUUCCACUUUUUGGUUUUGUUUUCCCAGCUAGUGUAAAAGUUUAACAAAAGCGCAAACUGUGUUUUAAGGACUCUGUAAUUGGUUUGGAAAAUGUCAGUCCAGGUUUGACUGGCCUUUACUGCAGUUUUUAUGCCUGUCUAGUUUGAAGUUGAUCCUAAUACAAAAAUUGGAUGGAAACGGCUUCCCUUCUUCGCAAACUGAAUAAAGGUUUAAUCAAUGGCAUUGUGUUUCAAAGAAUCUGAGUGUAGAAUUAUCGUUUUCAGGCUCCAGUAUUUUAAAUGUUCAUUGGGAAAAAAGUCAAAUGCAGUCCAAAACAGUGAGUUUAGCAUCUGUAGCCUCUGACUCCAGGUCAGCACAAGCCAACUCAAGUACUGCUUCCUUUUUCCACUACAGAGUAAGAGUCAAACACAGCGGGGUCUCAGAUUUAGCUAAGAUGAGGAAUAUUGUUUCAUUUCUUUAAAAUCACUAAAUCUCGUGGCUCAAGCUGUCAUUAAACUCCAACAAACAUCUCCUCCUGGUUCCGGUAAAUGAAAGCACCACCUCUACUCUAACUCACACUAGUGUUAACAGAAUCUGUUACGCCCCAGGACUGUGACAUGAACAUUUUGCUGCUUCUAUCACUUUUCCCCAAAAAUGGAAGGUUUGCAACUACUUGGAGGAUUGAAGCAGAGCCUUUACUCAGGUCCAGCUUGGACUAAAUCAAAUUUAGGACUUCCAAAUUUCUGUUUGUAAUUUUCAUCCUCUGUAUCUACUUUAAAAGCAUCCCAUUUUGAGUAGGUUUCUCUUAGUGUUUUUAGUAAAGGGCUGUUGGGGCCUCUGAUUCCUCUCUCAUUUAAUGAACCUCAGCUGCAUGUCCUAACUUACUGAAAUACUGCACGCUGCUUGGGUAGCAGGAGUCAACUGCUGCCGCUCCGUUUGACGUUGUUGUUGCCAUAUCUGGAGCAAAGAUAAGAGGGCUGAGGGUAAAAAUCAGCUCCUUCAGUCGGCUUCAGAUCUUCUCGCCUACCAACACACCGGCCGUCUGUUCAGUUGCCGUUAACCGUCGGGGUUUAUGGUCUCACGGGUGAGAGCAUGGGGAUGUCGCACAAUCGCAGUGUUAACAGGAUGUGCAUCAGCCGAAGAAAUCUAUUUGUAAUUUCAGGGUUUUUAUUUUUCUUAUGCAGUACAAUGUCCUCAUCUGUGGCGUUCAGGAGUUGCAGAGCUGUAAUGCAAGAGCUUCAGUAGAAAAUGGGUUGAUUUGGGUAAAUCGUUGUUGUUUUUUUUUUAUAGCCUUUAUUUGUCAGGGGGGAAAUCUUAUGAUGUUGUAGAGAUUUUGCCACCUCUUAAGGUGUCUUUUAUUUUUGUAAACCAAAAUGGUUUUUAUUGUUUUCAUUGAAAGUUCUGUUAUUGCACCUUUUUAGCUCAAUGUGUUACUUACCAGUUGUUAAAUGUGCCAAAUAACAUGUUUUUCCCCUCCCUCCCCUUCUUCAAAUGAACAUGUGGAGCUAACGGGAAGCUGGACGUUUGGACGCUUCUCAUCACAGACGCAUCAGCAGCCAGACUCACACAAACUUUAAGGUGGAGGUUUUGUUGGAAGGGUACAAAACUGUGACCAAACAUUUCUCCUCUGGCAUGUGUGUGUGUAUGUGUGUGUGUGUUCAGGUGUGAACGCGCACCGCCUGGUUCAAUGUACUUGUUUCCUGAAAGUUUUCUUCUUUUUUUUAUUUUUUUUGUCCCCCCCUCCGCACUGUAUGUAUGUCAUGUGAGUUUGGGAGCAUACGUGAGCGUCAUUCCCGCCUCGUAUCCUCAUCCGGUGGAUGUUUUACUUCUAAUGUCGCACACAGAUUCUCUCGCUCGGACACACGCUCAACACGAUUUAAAAAAAAAAAAAGGACAGCAUAUAGGAAAAAAAGUAUAUAUAAAUAUAUGUGUAUAUGAAAUGACAAAACGCUCUAGGUUUAUUUAAAAGAUUUAAUGUAGAAAACAAAAAGAACUUGUUGAAGGGAGGCUGGGGGGAUGUUGAUGUGAGUAUAAUUGUUUGUGGUGAUGACUUCAGCUUGAAUCUUGCACAUAAAGACUUAUUAGAGAUAUUGUACCUGCCGAAUUCCAGAUGAUUAUUUUUGUUCAGACACCAGACUCUGCUUUUUCAUAUUUAUUGUGUGUACGGGGAGGCGGGGCGCCGCGUCUCGACUCCACACGUUGGAGCUUUCAGCCCAGCCUUGAUUUAGAAAAUCCUCCAGUUUACACCUGUCUGAGACUCUUCUUGUUUUCACUCGCCACAAACACGAAUACUACUGCUUUUGGGUUAUUCAAAUUAAGGUAAAAACUGCUAUCUGAUAUUAUUCAGUGGAUAUUCUAAAUUUUAUUUCAACGAUUCUUUUGUUUUUGAGAUAGAACGUUGCGUGUUGGACUGCUUGUAAGAACAGUUCAAGAAUAAAAAAUUCUUUUCUGUGUU